UUCAAGAUUAGGACUUUUGAGUUAUGGCCAGCACUGUUCAUGAAAAAAAGAGGAGGCUUCGGGUUUUGGGGCUCCGCCGCCAGCCAAGGAAGGGUGGUCUCCCUCUCUCGCCCUUCGUUGGCACCACCGAAGCCGUAGGCGCUCCCCUCCUCUCCUCUACCCCUUCCCCUCCGGUCUCCUCAUUCCAGCGCCGCCACCAGGAGUUUGGGGCAUGGGUUUUCCUCCGCCGCCGCCUCCAUGACCAGGAGAGGGUCUUCUUCUCCCCUCGCCGCAAGCAGGGGAGGGGAAAGCUCCCUUCUUCCCCGCGCUACCGCCACAGGGACCUUCGACAGGACUCGCCGCUCAUCGGACCACUCGCACCGCACCCACAACCCACGCCCAUCGCUGACCGCGCACAGCAGCACCUCCGCCGGCAGCCACCGCGCGUUGCUAGCCCCCCGCCAGCAACCUCCACGCGCACAGCAGCUCCUCCGCCGGCAACCUCCGCGCGCUGCCAGCCCCCCACCGACAGCCUCCAUGCGCCCCCAGCAGCUCCUCCGCCGGUAGCUUCCAUGGGCCGCAACCAUCACUUACCGGCAGUCCCUGUGCCGACUUUACCUCGGUUCCGAUUUGUGUCGCUGUGGUAUGCCGAUCCAUGUGUCGAUCCAAUCUGUGUGUCUUGUUCUGGCCUUUAUGUUGUCACUGUGUUCCGGCAUAUACGCCGUUGUCACAUUCCGGCCUGCGAGCCGAUGUCAUACGCCGGUCGUGUCGUCGUUGUAUUCUGAUUGUGUGUCACCUUUCAGAUCCAUGCUGUAUUCGGCUCCGCGUCGUCACCUCCGGACCCAACUCCUCUUCGGACGGUUCAGAGGCAUCCACACUUCCGGGUCACGACGACUCGAUCAGCUUCGCAACCAGCUCACCCCUCCAUCCGAGAGCGCCCCCCGGGGCCAGGAGACCGGGGCAACCCGGUCGCUGGUUGCAGGUAUUGUUGACCGAAGGACUUCUGACGACUUGGUCAACACAGGAGACAUCCCACCAUCCAGGUCAUGAUGACGCGGUCAACAUUCCAGACACGUCAUUCCGGUAGGUCCGUCUUCUCAGCUUCCCGACAGGAACAUAAUUGGCGCUGUCUGUGGAACUUCGCCUGAUCUGGAACGUGGAGAUGGAAGACGUCGGAAAAUUUUGCUAUAUUCAUGACCUUGGUGAGUUUCGACGAGCAUAUCAUAUUUGCCUCACUCCACGGGUACUCGGGAGUAAAGGAAUUGAAUCAGAUCCUCUGCUGGUCGACAUGUCAGUUUUUCCGUUAUAUUCCCUCUUUUAGUUA